AUGACCUUCGGGCGCAGUAGGGCGGCCUCGGUGGUGCUGAACGUGGGCGGUGCCCGGUACUCGCUGUCCCGGGAGCUGCUGAAGGACUUCCCGCUGCGCCGCGUGAGCCGGCUGCACGGCUGCCGCUCGGAGCGCGACGUGCUCGAGGUGUGCGACGACUACGACCGUGAGCGCAACGAGUACUUCUUCGACCGGCACUCAGAGGCCUUCGGCUUCAUCCUGCUCUACGUGCGCGGCCACGGCAAGCUGCGCUUCGCGCCGCGGAUGUGUGAGCUCUCCUUCUACAACGAGAUGAUCUACUGGGGCCUGGAGGGUACGCACCUUGAGUACUGCUGCCAGCGCCGCCUCGACGACCGCAUGUCUGACACCUACACCUUCUACUCGGCGGAGGAGCAGGGCGCGCUGGGCCGAGACGAGGUGCGACCCGGUGGCUCCGAGGCGGCCUCCUCCCGCCGCUGGCUGGAGCGCAUGCGGCGGACCUUCGAGGAGCCCACGUCGUCGCUGGCGGCGCAGAUCCUGGCCAGCGUGUCGGUGGUGUUCGUGAUCGUGUCCAUGGUGGUGCUGUGCGCAAGCACCCUGCCGGACUGGCGCGCCGCCGCCGCCGACAACCGCAGCCUGGAUGACCGGAGCAGGUACUCCGCCGGCCCUGGGAGGGAGCCCUCCGGGAUCAUUGAGGCGAUCUGCAUAGGCUGGUUCACCGCAGAGUGCAUCGUGAGGUUCAUUGUCUCCAAAAACAAGUGUGAGUUUGUCAAGAGACCACUGAACAUCAUUGAUUUAUUGGCAAUCACGCCGUAUUACAUCUCCGUGUUAAUGACCGUGUUCACGGGUGAGAACUCUCAACUCCAGAGGGCUGGAGUCACCUUGAGGGUGCUUAGAAUGAUGAGGAUUUUUUGGGUGAUUAAGCUUGCCCGUCACUUCAUUGGUCUUCAGACACUUGGUUUGACUCUCAAAAGAUGCUACCGGGAGAUGGUUAUGUUACUUGUGUUCAUUUGUGUUGCCAUGGCAAUCUUCAGUGCACUUUCUCAGCUUCUCGAACAUGGGUUGGAUCUGGAAACAUCCAACAAGGACUUCGCCAGCAUCCCCGCUGCCUGCUGGUGGGUGAUUAUCUCUAUGACUACAGUUGGCUAUGGAGAUAUGUAUCCUAUCACAGUGCCUGGGAGAAUUCUUGGAGGAGUUUGUGUUGUCAGUGGAAUUGUUCUGUUGGCAUUACCCAUCACUUUCAUCUACCACAGCUUUGUGCAGUGUUAUCAUGAGCUCAAGUUUAGAUCAGCUAGAUAUAGUCGGAGCCUCUCCACCGAGUUCCUAAAUUAA